CACAGAUCGGAACAGCUCUAGAGACUCCCUCAAGAUGCUGCUGAUCCUGCUUUCUGUGGCCUUGUUGGCCCUGAGCUCAGCUCAGAAUGAAGAAGUCAGCAAAGACGACUCUCCCCCGUCAGUCGAAGACUCAGACCAGACCCAAGAGGAAAACCUUCAGAAACUACCACCUGAAGAGCCCUCCUCCAAUGAUAAAAAACAAGAUAAUGGGCCUCAGCAAGAAAAACCUCCAAAAGGACCACCCUCUCCUAAUCAUCCACACUCACGUCACCCCAAAAAUCAAAGGAAACCAUCUUCACCAGGAGGCUUUUUCCGUCAAAAGUUCCUGGAAUCUGCAUCUAACCUGGGGCUAAAACCACCACAGUCCCUGUGGGGAAGACAACUACUACCCUCCCAGGGUGAAUCAUCCCAGUAAUGAGAAUGGCAGAAACUGAAAUAGAAGAGAAUAUCCUUCUGAAAGUCAUGCCAUGGAAAUAUGUGGUCAAAACUAUCUCUUCAAAAUACCAAUAAAAUUA